GCGCGCUGCCGCCGGAUGUGGCGUCACGUUCCCGCGGGAAGACGGCGGGGGAAGAUGGCGGCGCCGGAGGAGCCGGGUGAGGCGGCGUUCGCGCGGCGCAUCGACCCGGCCCGGGAGCCGGGGCUCAGCCCCGAGCAGCGCCGCCUCAUGGCGCAGGUGGAGUACGCCCAGCGCCAGCGCGCCCUGCAGCGCCGGCUCCGCAGCCGCAACGUGCUGCUGGCCCUCGGCAUCGGCGCGGUGACAUUUGGCAUCUACGGUUACACCUUCUACUCGGUGUCGCAGGAGCGGUUCCUGGAUGAGCUGGAGCAGGAGGCGGAGGCGGCGCGGGCUCGGGCCCGGGCCCGGGCCGAGGGCGCCGCAAGCUGAGUGUGGAGCGCCCGGCCCGUGACUGAGCUGCCGCCCGCGCCAGGCAGGACGGGCCUCGAGGCAGACGCGCCUGAGGGGUUCGGGCCUGCCCCGUGCUCUGCUUUGGCCAGGAGAAGGCCCCGGGGGCUUCCCUCAGGCCGGGCAGAGCCCGCCCCGGGGCCGUGCCCACGGGAGGGACAGGGGCGCCCGGGAGCCAACACUCCCCACAAUAAAUCCUCUCACUGGAGACCGCCUCAGA